AUGCUAACUCGGUCGCCAACGUCGCCAACCUACAGCCGUCGCAGGGCCAGCAGGGGAGCGCAGGGUGGCGGAGAAAGUCGGGCGACUACUGCAUUCCUCUCCUCCCCUCCUUCCCCUCGCCCGUCCUUUCCUUCCCUCCUUCCCUACAUCUCUCCUUUCCUCCCCUCCUCGCCUCAGGUCUCCCCGUCUCGCAUUCAAGUGCGAAGCGCGGCCGCGGAUUCGUCAAGCGGCCACGGCAGGGCGAGCAGGGAGGCGCAGGCCGCCAAGGAGGCCAUGGAGAUGCUGUGGCGCUCGCACAGCGGGGGCGGUGCUGCUGACGGGCUGAAUCAAAGCGGGGUGAACCACAGCGGAGGAGUGAGCCAUGGUGGGAUGCAGCAGGCUCACGCGCAGCCGCUGUCCAUGCCUGGCGGGGGGUUUGAGUAUGGCGAGGAGGAGGGGGAGGGUGCGGGCCCAGGGGGGUUCACCCAGAGAGCCAGCAUCGUGGACUGGGUGCUGUGGGCGCGCAAGAACAGCUACCAAUCGUCCUCCUCCUUUUGCCUCCCCUCCCCUUCUAUCUCCACCCCCCUUUAUCCCCCCCAUGGCAGCAUGGUGGACCGUAUGCUGGGGUUGGACCGUAUGCUGGGGGUGGACCGUAUGCUGGGGCAUCGUGGACCGCGUGCUGUGGGUGGACAAGCGAGUGCGCGACUACAUGACGCCAACCCCAUCUGCCUGCACCGUGACAUGUCGCUCCGCGACGCCGCUCAGGUGACACAGGGAGGGGCGGGUCAGAUCUUCCUGCGCCAUCGCAUCAGCGGGGCGCCAGUGGUGGAGGAGGCGGAUGCAGAGGUUGACGGGGUGGGGCUGGGCAAGGUGGUGGGUGUGCUGUCUCAGCGCGACAUCAUGUGGAAGGAGCUCCGGACGCAUGGCAUGGUGGGUGCCAUAUGCCAUGGUGGUGGUGGUGGUGGUGGUGGUGGUGGUGGUGGUGGUGGUGGUGGUGGUGGUGGUGGUGGUGGUGGUGGUGGUGGUGGUGGUGGUGGUGGUGGUGGGUGUGGGUGCCCGCCUGCUCUUGAACCACCCCUGCGGCCCGCCCACCCCCCUUCUCGUCCCCCCUCCCCAUGCAUCCUGGUGCGCCCAGGUGGAGGAGCGUUUGGCUUUUUUGACUCCCACGUGGAGGAGUCGAUGACGGACACGGUGCUGCAGGUGGAGGAGGACUCGUUCAUGGUGGACGCCACUGAGAUCAUGCUCAACUGCAAUGUGCGUACAGUGCAGUUCAUGUUGCUCGUGUCUCGCCUGCCUGUGGUGGCGCGGCUCCCGGAUGGUCGCAGGACUCUCACAGGCAUCAUCACAUGCAGCGACAUUCUGCGGCACACGCUGCUGCUGCUCUAG